AUGCAGACCGAUAUGGAAAAGGCCUUCUUCACGUACGCCUUGGUCUUCCAGACGCAUCUCACCGAUGGCGGCGAGGACGUUGGCGUGACUGUCACGUACGACUCGUCCAUUCUCCACGCGUCCCAGAUUGCUCGCCUCGUCGGCCAGUUUGAGCAGGCCGUCGACCAAUUGAUCGAGCGUGCCCAGAACGGUCGUUCUGAUACUCUUGCGGACUUGAAUCUUGUCAGCGCCGCCGAGCUGGACCAGUUCAAAGCCUGGAACGCAGACGACCCGGAGAUUGUGGACGCGUGCUUCCAUGAGCUGUUUGAAAAACAGGCUCGUCUUCGGCCAGACGCCCUUGCGAUUCGUGCGUGGGACGGUGAGUUUACAUACGCCGAGCUCAACGACAAGGCCAACCGCCUCGCCUACCAUCUGUCGCACAAGUUCGACGUGCAUCCGGACGAGCUGGUGCAUGUGUGCUUCGACAAGUCGGCGUGGUUUUUCGUCUCGAUCCUGGCCAUCAACAAGGCCGGUGGUGCCUGGGUCCCUCUCGACCCCUCGCACCCUGCGGCUCGCCAGCAGAUGGUCGUCGGUCAGACCAAGGCCAGGCUUGCCUUGACCUCCCCAGCCACCGCGGCCGUCUGCAACGGCUUGGUGGAGACCGUCAUCCACAUCAGCCCGGCAUUUGACGAGGAGCUGGCCUCCAGCAUACCCCAGGCGGCUGCCCAGGUGCUCAAGUCGGCGGUCAAGCCGUCCAAUGCGGUAUAUGCGCUUUUUACUUCGGGCAGCACGGGCGUCCCCAAGGGCUUUGUGAUGGAGCACGCAUCGGUGUGCACCAGCCAGACCGCCAUCGCCAAGAGGCUGCGUCUUACUCCCGAUGUCAAGAUCCUCCAGUUUGCCUCGUACGUUUUUGAUUUAUGUAUCGGUGAGAUUGUCGCUCCUUUGAUUACUGGUGCGUGCGUCAACGUGCCGCCGGAAAAGACGCGUAUGAGCCUGGCCGACCUGGCAGACUUCAUCCGCGAGAUGGAGGUAAACUGGGCCUUCCUCACGCCCGCCUUUGUCCGGACCAUGCAGCCCCAAGACUUUCCCGGGUUGGAACUGCUGCUGCUCGCUGGUGAAGCGGUCGGUCAGGAUAUCCUGGACAGCUGGUUCGGCAAGGUCAGGCUCGUCAACGGAUGGGGACCUGCGGAAACGUGCGUCUUUAGCACGCUGCACGAGUGGCAGUCCCUGGCCGAGUCUUCCGUCACCGUAGGCCGGCCCGUCGGUGGCUUUUGCUGGAUUGUCGACCCCGAAGACCCCUGCCGCCUCGUGCCCGCCGGGUGCGUGGGCGAAGUCGUCAUCCAGGGCCCGACCACUACGCGCGAAUACCUGGCGGACCCCGCCAAAACAAAAGCCACCACGCUCCAAGCCUCGAGCCUUCCCGACUGGGCUCCCCGCCGGACCGAGCAACACUGGAACCGGUUCUACAAGUCAGGCGACCUGUGCCUUUACAACGCCGACGGCACGAUCGAAUACGUCGGCCGCAAGGACAACAUGGUCAAGAUCCGCGGCCUGCGCGUGGAGCUGGGCGAGAUCGAACACAGCAUCCGCUCCUCCCUCGCGGGCGUCCAGCAGGUCGCCGUCGACAUCGUCCAGGCGGCUGGCGGCGCCCGUCUCGUUGCAUAUUUCUCCUUCCUCAACGAUUCGCGCACCGCCGGCGUCGAUCUCGACGCCGACCUCGCUGGGGUUUUCCUGCCCGUCACGUCCGACCUGCAGGGUGAACUGGCGGUCAUGCUCGGAAAGAUGCAGGUGGCCCUGCCUCGGUACAUGAUCCCAACGACUUUUAUCCCGUGUGGGUACAUGCCCUUCAUCACGUCUACGAAGCUCGACCGGAAGCGGCUUCGCGAAAAGACCCUGGCUCUUUCGCAGCAGGAGUGGAUGGAAUACUCGCUCGUCGCCUCGCUUCACCAAGCCAAGCGCGCCUCAUUCCCAGCUCGCACAAGCAGCAGCAGCAGCAAGUCGUCGCCCAAUACGGAAAACAACGGAAACGUAACCCGCUCCCUCGCCCGCACCAUUCACUUCCCUUCCUCUCUCCCAUCCUCUACCGACACAUCAAUUGUCAGGGCCACAGUUUUGCGUGCAGCCUGGGCCCUGGUACUCGCACGCUACUCCAACACCGGCGACAUAUGUUUCGGCACCACUGUAUCGGGACGACAGGGCUCCGUCAGAGGCAUCGCAAACAUUUGUGGACCGGUGCUGGCCACCGUACCCGUUCGCAUCCGUCUGGACCGCGAGGCGACCGUCUUAUCGUUCCUGAGUGACGUUCAGAAACAGGCACAAGAUAUGGUCCCCUACGAGCAGACCGGCUUGCAAACAAUCUCUCGGCUCGGUCCCGACGCCAAGGCCGCUUGCGACUUUUCCAGCCUGCUGGUCAUCCAACCUGCGCAUAUCGUCACGGCGGACUCGCUCACCGAGGCCAUAUUGACGCCCAUCACUCCCGAGACUGCCGCUGGGGAGGGCCAAAGCCUGGACAACUACCUCACUUAUCCCCUUGCGGUCCAGGGGCUUUUGUACCAGGACCAUGUUGAUCUCAACUUGAUGUACGACUCGAGUGUUCUUAAUGAGGCACAGAUUCAAGCAAUGUCGAUACAUUUGGAGCAGGUUAUCAAUCAGCUCCUAGCCCCCGCUGAGCAGCAGUUGCUCGGUCAAGUGUCUCUGGUUGGCGCGUGGGACCUUGAAGUUGUCCUCAAGUCUAAUGAAACGGAGCCUGCUCAGAUGCCCUCCAUCACUUUACAUGGGCUCAUUGAGGAACAGGCAGCUUACAAACCAGAUUUCAAGGCUAUCGAGGCUCACGACGGUUCAUUGACAUACAAAGAGCUGAUCGAUGCCGCCGAUAGGUUGGCACAUUAUCUGGCUUUACGCUACGCAAUCAAGCCCGGCAGCCUGAUCCCCAUCUGCUUCGACCGAUCAGCCUGGCAGUACGUUGCCAUGAUUGCCGUUAACAGAUUAGGUGCCGCCUGGGUACUACUAGGCACGCCGUCUCAGAACGUCACUGCAGAACUGCAUUGGGAAUCUAUCAUCGCUCGUUCUGCCGCCACUGUUGUGCUCUGCUGCUCUCGGACGGCCGACAAAAUGCGCAGCUCGGCAAGAAACAUCGUCAAGGUUUGUCGCGAGCUUCACCAAUCGCUAAACUCUGAGGUUCCUCGGCACUCCAGCGCAAGCCCGGACGAUACCGCGUGCGUCUUGUUCUCUGACGAUCAGACCAAGGGCGUGGUCGUCGAGCAUCAAAACAUUUGCUCCGGCCACCUCGCUGCCGCUGACCUCGUGAGCCUCGACCAAUCUCACCGCGUCUUGCCUUUCUCCCCACAAGACCCUGCCCACAUCCUCCCGACGUUGAUGCCGCUGCUUUCUGGCGCGGUUCUUUGCGUCCCCCCGCCAGACCUUGACAUGGAUGGAAUGGUCGACUUCAUCAACACCGCGGGCAUCAAUGCCGUGAUCCUCUCUCCCCUCUCUGCGUCAGCCUUUUCCCCGCAAGAUGCUCCCGAAAUUGGGACGCUGCUCCUAGUGGACGAGGAGCCACUCUCGACCGCCUACAGCGGCUGCGACAGGUGGCUCGGAAGCGCCAACAUGUUCGGCUGCUGGGCCUCGCUCGAAACUUCAUGUGGCAUCUGGAGGGCCAUAAGCAGCUCGGACGGCAAGCGUCGCCGCGGCACCAACCUCUUCGUCGUCGAGAGAGACGACCACGAGCGCCUGGCCCCAGUCGGCUGCGCCGGAGAACUUCUGGUUCAGGGCCCGACCGUUGCGCGCGGGUAUUUUGAAGAGGAGCAUGCCACGGGGAGCCCAUUCAUCGGCGACAAGACCCCUUGGAUGCCGUCAAGUCAGUUCGUGGCACGCGUCUUCAAGACAGGAUACAUGGCCAGACUCUGUGCAGAUGGGUCCGUGGAGUAUCUGGGGCCCAAGGGUGUAGGGCACAGCCCAUACUCGACCGAGUUUCACAUACGCGCCAAGGAGAUCGACCCGUCGGUGACGACUUCGAGGUUGCUAAUCCUCUCGAAUGGGGAGGUCGUCGCCCUGGUGGACUUUGACCUGCAAAUCGGGGAGCAACCUGAUAGCUUGAAAAAAAGAGUCGCCAAGUUGGCCGCGGGCAUUGCGGCCAGCGAGCUGCCCAUUGUUACCAUGCCGCAUUAUUUCAUUCCUCUGCACGGCGUCUCUUGCCACACACUCACCAUGAGGUUGACCACCAUGACGGUCGAACAGCUGUCUGCCUACAGAGUCGACAAGACGGAAAACGCCACCGACUUUUCAGCUUCCGGCGGGCUAGAGGUCGAGCUUCGAAAGCUGUGGGCUCAGGUCCUUGGUCUAGGUGAACAUCGCAUCGGAAAAUACGACAACUUUUUGGAUGUUGGAGGCGACUCGGUCCGCGCCAUCCACCUUGUCAGCCUGGCUAGGAGAAACAAUAUGGAGCUGACGGUGGCGGACAUUUUCAAAAAUCCUCGGCUGGCUCAGAUGGCGGCCGUUGCUCGUACAUUGGUGCCAGAGACCGAAUCUUCCAAAGUCGACGCGUACCAUCACUUCAGCUUGCUACCUGCGGACGACAAUUCUGACAUCGUUGACGAUGCUGCUCGCAGGUGCAAUGUCAACGUGGAUAGCAUCGUGGAUGUCCUGCCUACCACUCCUCUUCAGUCAGGCCUUAUGGCGCUUUCCAAGAAGCAGGCUGGCUCUUACACCGCCCGCUUCCUCAUCAAGCUGCCCGAGUCCAUUGAUGUGCAUCGUUUCCAGGAGGCCAUGGUCAAGACGGUUUCGAUUUGCCCCAACCUUCGGACGCGCAUCAUCAUGACAUCUCGAGGUUCUUUCCAGAUCGUUCUCUCUGAAGAUGCCGCUUCCGUCCUGCACUUAUCCGACGCCACCUUGGCUGGAAUCAAAAGCCAAACUAUAUUAGAUAUUGACUACGGCUCUCCACUUUUCAAAUAUGCUUUUGUUUCCGACGAUGACGGGAGCCACUAUCUCGUCUGGAAUCUCCACCACAGUGUGUAUGAUGGCUGGACCGUCGGAUACAUUUUCAACAUCCUGCGCCAGGCCGCCCUGGAUCAAGAACUACCUACCCCUGUGCCUUUUGCACACUAUCUACAAUAUACCAUAUCUACCAAGCAGCAUGCAUGCGACUUUUGGCGUUCGCAGCUCACCGAUGUCAGCCCGGCCAAGUUCCCAGAGCUGCGCGGGAGUAACAUGUCCGACCACAUUGCCAAAUUGAGCGAUGAGGCCAAGGAGGCGUGCAAUUUCCACAACCUCCUCAUCAUCCAGCCCGGCCUCUCGGGUGCAAACGCUGUCCAAGAUGAGGAGCAGGGCCACGAGUUUGAAAUAUCAGACCUUACCAACAACAACAAGAGCUACCACACUUACCCGCUCGUCUUCCAGUGCCUGCUCGGCCGUGAGGGACGCGUCGACGUCAGCGCUGCGUACGACCCGCGGGUCUUGUCCGACGCCCGCGCCGCCGCCAUAUGCGGCCAGUUCGAGCACUUGAUCCAACAGCUCGCCACGGCAGAUGGGGCCAUGCGCCUGUCUGAUAUAAACAUGUGCAGCCCACGCGACCUCGACCAGCUCAUGGCCUGGAAUUCACCCGCCCUCCCCGCGCCGCUUGACAACUGCGUGCAUGAUUUGAUCUUGGAGCAGGCUUCGCGCAUGCCGCAGCGGGAGGCACUCUACUCUACAGAAGAGUGCCUCAGCUACGAGGAGCUCGACCGCUUCUCGCAAACACUCGCUGGUUUGCUGGUGGAUAUGGGUGUCCGUCCAGAGAGCAAGGUCCCCAUCUGCCUCGAGAAGUCAGUGUGGGCAGUCGUCGCAAUGGUGGGUAUUAUGAGAGCAGGCGGUGCCUUUGUUCCACUGGAUCCCACCCACCCCGAGGGUCGUCGGCGGGAAAUUAUCCGCAAUCACCUCGAGGCAAAUAUUAUCAUCACAUCCCCCCACUCCGUCUCAUCUUGCCAGACAAUGGCACCAAACAUCAUUUCUCUAUCUCGUGAAUUUUUCCAAAAACAGACCCAACAGACAGAUGCCGGACCGAAAUCGCCAACACAAAGCCCUUCACCUCGCAAUACCGCCUACGUCAUCUUCACUUCGGGUUCGAGCGGAACACCAAAGGGCGUUGUUGUCGAGCACCAAGCCGGUCGCUUCGAGGGCUUGAAGAGCAUCUUGCCAGUAGAGGAUUCCACGCGGCGCAUCUUUGAGGCGCUGGUCGACGACCUCGGGACCAAAUUGCCGUCCUACAUGGUCCCGACCGUCUUCCUCGCCUUUCGGCAGAUGCCGUUCAACAGCUCUGAGAAGCUCGAUCGUAAAAGGCUCCAGGCUCUCGCCCAGGGCUUGUCGUUUGAGCAGCUGGCUGAAUAUUCGUGCACGUCACACGUGCUCAACAACCACCCCGUUCCUCGCGUCAGCUACGGCGGACCGCUGUCCUUCUUCGCGCUGACCAACGCGGGCCCGGAAAGCAAGAGAUAUCUGGUCUGGGACAUGCACCACUCCGUCUUUGACGCGUGGUCGCUGAUGUCCAUGAUGGAUAUUUUCCAGCGCGCCUUUGCCGGCCAGCACAUUGAGCUGCCGACUUCCUUUGCCAAUUACGUCCGGUAUACGCUGCGCACCCCUCGAGAUGCCACCGAGAACUUUUGGCGGUCGCAGCUCGCAGGCGCCAAUCCCGCCAAGUUCCCAGCGGUGCCGGCGAGCGUGCGCGCCAGCGGUGCGGAGGAGGAGCUGAGCAACGGACUUCGCUUUGUCGACGGGACGACCGAGAAUCAAAACUAUCACGUCUACCCGCUCGUGCUCCAGUGCAUGCUGGGUAGCAGUGGGAAAGUCGAGAUCCGUGCGACUUAUGACGACCGCGUCCUGUCUGAGGCGCAGAUGCAAGCCCUCUGCAAGGAUUUCGAGAGAAUUACAAGCCAGUUGGUGAUGGGAGAUGAUGGAAGCACAAGGGUGGAGGAGGUUCGGCCAGUGGGUGAGCUUGAGGUUCCUGCGUGGACCAAUGAACAAGACGCUAUCGCUGCCAGGAGUGAGGAAAUAGGUGGCAAGACUUUGGGCGCCGAGUUCAAGGAACCGUCGAGCCUGAUAGAGUCGGAACUCCGGGACAUCUGGUCACUAGUCCUCGGUCUGAAGGCCGAAACUAUUGGGGUUAAUGACAAUUUCUACCAUCUCGGUGGAGACUCGAUCAGGAUCGUCACCAUGGCCAAGAAAGUGCGCGAAAAGUACCAGGUGAGGCUCAACCUCGCUCGACUCAACAGCAGCGGCGUCACUAUUCAGCUGCUGGCUACGACUAUCCGGGAUUUUGGCAGUGGAAGCAACGCAGCGAGCAUCACAAGCAAAGUUGACCUCAUGACUGAGGUCGAUGAAGCCGUCAAGAUGGCCUGGCGUCAAACAGACAAGGCCACUUCUUCACUUUCUUCUUGCGGCCCUCCUACCAUCGAGCCCAUCACAUGGCUCCCAACCCAAGCUACUGUAUUCUUAACAGGAGCCACAGGGUUCCUGGGCACCGAGAUACUACGUCAACUACUCUUCUCUCCCCGAACCAAACACAUUAUCACCCUCGUACGCGCGGCCUCUUGCGAAAAGGGCCUCGAGCGCGUUACACAAACAGCACAAAUCGCCGGGUGGUGGACGUCAACCACUCCCGACCUCCUCGCCAAGCUCGAGGUCUGGACCGGUGACCUGGGCCGCCAACGCCUCGGCCUGUCCACCACCCAGUGGGACGCACUCGAGACCAACGUCGACGCCAUCAUCCACAACGGCGCCACAGUCAACUGGAACGCCGACCUCGCCACGCUGCGCGCUCCAAACGUCUCCUCCACCUCUGCUCUCCUCCGCGCCGCCCUCCACUCCCGCGCCAAGAUGGUCUUCGUCUCGGGCGGCCCCAAGGGUCUGGACACGCAGGCGGACCGCGCCGCCGUCGCCGGCCUGCUCUCCUCCGACGGCGUGACGGGCUACAUGAGGUCCAAGUUCGUGGCCGAGAGCGCCGUCUGCGAGGUGGCGUCGCGCCUGGGCGCGGCGCAGAACCGCGUCUCGGUCGUCAAGCCCGGCCUGGUCAUCGGGUCCGAGGCCGGCGGGGGCGUCGCCAACACGGACGACCUCGUCUGGAGGGUCGUGGCGGGCGCGUGCGCCAUCGGCGCGUACCCGAUCGAGCCAGACACGCACUGGAUGUACGCGGCCGACUCGGAGGCCGUGGCGCGCACCGUGCUGGCGCAGGUGUUUUCGCCCGGCGCGGUCGAGCCGUUCGUGGACCUCCAGGACGGAGUCUCGGUCCCCCUGUUUUGGGCCUCUGUCAACUCUGCCCUGGAUGUGUCGGAGCGCCUCGUGCCUUUGUCCUGGGAGGAGUGGACCAAGAAGGUGCUGGUGGAUGUCGAGGCCGUGGGUGCGAAGCAUCCGCUCUGGGCGGUGCAGCAUUUCAUGACCGGAGGGGGUCUCGGCGUGUCGGUGUCCGGGCGGGAGAGGUGUGGCCGUUCGAGACGCGCCGUGGAUGCCUCGGCAGUUGAAAGGGCUAUUGUCAGCAACGUGAGGUACCUGCAAAGUGUUGGCUUCAUUGGCAAACCCGGAAAUCUCGAGAACGGUGUGGGAGCGCGUGUCAUUGGCCGGUCAGGGCUGUAG